AUGAAUAGAUCAACUAACAUUUAUUAUAAUAAUACAAACACUGAUUCUGAAUGGAGAUUUUGCAACCUUGGUGACUAUCGCGACAUAGAUAGAGAACGUAAGAUUUACCAGAAAACAAAAUUAUCUUAUGAUAUGGACUAA